UUGACAGACGCCAUGCUCCUGCAGGAUGUGGGCAGGCAGAAGCCGCGGCGCCGCGUGUCCGACCCGGUGUGCGGCGGCGGAGGAGGGGGAGGAGGGGGAGGGGACGGUGCCCUGGGCCCGGUGCCGCCCGCAGGCCGCCUCAAGAACCGGGACUUCCCGCUGAGCGCGAGGCGCCGGCGCUCCGGUUCCGCGCCCGAGCGCAGGGUGAACUGCGUCCUGGUGGGAGACGGCGCGGUGGGCAAGACCAGCCUCGUGGUCAGCUACACCACCAACGGAUACCCGACAGAAUAUGUUCCGACAGCGUUCGACAACUUCACUGUGAUGGUGGUGGUGGACGGGAAGCCGGUGAGGCUGCAGCUCUGCGACAUGGCCGGACAGAAGUGGGGGCUGGUUGAUGGAUCGAUCAAUGACGAGCUGGAUCGCCUGCGACCGCUCUGCUACAAGAACGCCGACGUCUUCCUCCUCUGCUACAGCGUGGUCCGGCCCUGCUCCUUCCGGAACCUGAUCGAGCGGUGGGUUCCCGAGAUCCGCCAGCACUGUCCCGACGCGCCCCUGGUGCUGGUCGGCACCCAGGUGGACCUGAAGGAGGACGUCCAGGUGCUGAUCCACCUGGCACAGAACCAGCAGCGGCCCGUGGACGCCGAGGAGGGCCGGCGGCUCGCCCAGGAACUGGGCGCGGUGGGCUUCGCCGAGUGCUCGGCGCUCACCCAGAAGAACCUGAAGGAUGCGUUCGACUCGGCCAUCUUGGCCAGCUUCCAGCAGACGGACAGCAGCAGCAGCGGUGUCCAGCAGCGACUGACUCUGAGGAGGAAGACGCCCGACAAGAUCAAGAGCCUCUCGGAGACCUGGUGGAGGAAGAUCAGCUGCCUGAUGGGGGAGCAGAGCUGCGAAUUCGAAUGAACGGGCGUGAAGGUGUCGGGCGGGGCAGGGCGGUUUGUACCGCAAACGUUUCCUGUUCCAAUCCACACAAGCGCAAGCAGAAGAAAACCUUUUCAGUUGUACAUGUGAGGCUCAGUUUGCAUGUUCAUCACCAGACGUGAAGGUUCUAAUGAAAGAUGAGUUAUUGGUAUGUAGUCGAUUGGGGUCUAAAAGUAAUUUUUACUGUGAAUAAUAAAACAGAAAACACAAAAAAAGGAGUUUGGUGCUGCCGCACAUCCUCGGGGCAGGGAGUUCCAGAGCUGAGGAGCCUCGACUGCACAAGCUCUGUCAUCUUUAGUCCUGAGCCCGGACUAUUUUCUCGAUUAAUCGAUUCGUUGUUUGAUCCGUACAAUGACGAUCGUGUUUCCCAAACUCCCAAGAUGAUGUUUUGUUUCGUCCACACAGCUUUGGCUCGAUGCAAAGACUCUUUCCUGUCCGACAGGCUGAUACUGAUCAAGUGUUGCUCUUUGACUCAGGUGGUGAUAUUGUUUUUUAACUUUUACAUCCCAACAUUACUAGACUCUUAGUUCCUAGGUUAGUUAUCUAUUUAUUUCUUAUUAUUUUCUUUGCCAUCACUGAUCAUUCAAUGUUCAGAAGCCUUGAUUAAAGUUCAUAGCAACUGUGGAAACAAAAGUUUCGUGGCUGAUCAAUUCAAAUAUCAGAUGAUUGAAUUGGUUGUUCACGCUCGCCGUGUGAUGUGGGGGGAACAACGUGAGUAACGUUACUGUGCCACAACAACUUCUGCUCUUGAUCCACUGGCGUAUAAACGCAGGAGCUGCUGGAGGGUUAAUCUGGAUCAAGAGCUGCUGAUCGUCUCAUCAGGUCCCUGAUCCGUCAUCAUGACCCACUGCCGCAUCCGGCACCAACCACGGACAAACACAUCUUUACGUCAGAAACAAAAUCCGACCCAGCCUAUAGUCAGGGGGAAAAAAACCUUCCGAAAGAAGUAAAAUUGCACCUUAAUCUCUAGGUGUGGCUUCGCUCAGCUUCCCUCUCUGAUCCAGGGCCGGACCGGUGGCGGCUCCUCUAAUGGGAGCAGACGGGACCACCUGGACCGGAUUAGACCGGCAUAUGGAGCCUGAUUCUGUCUCCGCAGAUGCAUCGCACCUCACAGAGAUCACACCUAAAGAUACUUCCAAAGCUCUUAAUAAGAAAGGGACAUUUUAUGUUUAUCUCAAACCUGAGAUCACACAUUUGUUGGUGGGACAGAUUCCAGAUGCAGCGACUCGUACGGAUUCCCUGGAGACUUUCCCCUUUUAUCCCAACUCUUCCACCGAAACUUUGCUCUGUACAGAUUGAAAAACUCUUGGGGCACAUUUUGUGAUUUUGUGAUAUUGGGCUGCAAAAAUAAAAUCUGACUCGAACCUUAAACCAAGUUUAAGAUUUGAUGAUUUACAUCGUGGGGGCUCCCAAAAAAAAGAAGGCUGCAAGUCUCGAAAAUGUGACAGAUUAGAUAGAUUGUAUUCAUUUUCAUAGAAAAGAUACAAAGACAACAACAAAACAAACAAACAAAACUGUUAAGAAACUGUAUUAAAUCUAGUGAUGAAGCUGAAAACAUUGUCACAGUGUGGAUGAACGAUGCAGUCAUUUAAAAUCUGACCCAGUUCCAUCGAUAAAAAUUGUGACGUGUUGGAAUAAUCAGACUACGUCACUCAGUUUGUGUCCUUUAUUUGAUAUUCUCUACGACCGUUGUUGUUUUCAGCGUCAGGCUUCUGCAGAGACGCGUCAGGAGGAGCGGAGGCGUUA